UCAAGACACUCGUGAUGACGCGCUCUAAAAUCCUCGGAAAACCCCAAAAAAAUCCCCAAAACCCCUGUCCCCUGCGAUGCUAAACGCAUCGAAUUCCCUGACCAGCUGUUGCUCACUGCAAUCAUCACGAGGACCACCGGAGCUGAAAAAAACCCGUCGUCUUCAUGGUCUCCAACUGCCCCUCCAUCCGCAACAACUAGGGGGCUGGUUGUUGCUAGUGUUAUUAACCCUCGGUGGAUUUAUCUCGGUGGUACCCCAGCUAUCAACAGCCCUACGUACAUCCGUGACAAUAAUCCUUCUGCUGACUCUCGUUAUUCACACUAUAACCCACAUAUUUGCCCUCAUAAUUGACCCAUCUGACCCACAAGUGCGUGAACAACCCACGAACAAUGUUGUACCCGAAUUUGACAGGACAAAGCAUCUCCAUGUCAUUGAAAAUGGAAGGUGUCAUCUCUGCAACAUAACGAUCACCUCCAAGAGGACAAAGCACUGUUCGGUCUGCAACAAGUGCGUUAAAAAAUUCGAUCACCACUGCAUGUGGUUGAACAAUUGCAUCGGCAGUCGUAAUUACAAGUACUUCAUUGUAUGCGUUGUAUCGGCUAUUGUCGGUGCUGUUAUUCUGGUAGCAAUUAGCUUCUGCCAAGUUGUUGUGACAAUCGAGCAUCAGAACGCUGGCAAUUCCAUGAUGGAGAACAUCACGAUGCCGAUUGUAUCGAUACAACCGAUUCAGAGUACCAGUACUUUGAUAAUCAUCUCGGUCGUUGGUGUUUUGUCAGCGAUAGCUGCUGCUUUGCUCAUACAUCUGUGUAUUUUUCACGGAUACAUCGCUUAUUUGGGUUUAACGACUUAUGAAUAUGUGAGAAAUAAGAGGGAGCAGAGGGCCGUUGUCCAGGAGGUGAAACCACCACGGAAGUUUGGUAAUCUUGAUAAUUAUCAUUUCUGCAAGGAUGUGAAUGUCGAGGAGACGAGGGUAGCUGAUGCUAAUCAGGUGUUCAUAUGCUCGACGCAUUCCGAGAGCAAGACGAGGAGUAGAGACAAGCGCAACUUUCAUUUGUACUUUACUUAUGAAACCCCGGAGGAUGCCACGUCCUUCGAGCUCACCCAGACGACGAUCUCUGGGGAUCAGAGACUCCAGGACUUGGAAGCCAAAGUCGCCGAGAUGAAACCACUCACACCGUCGCCCGUUUCCUGCUGCUUCUCCAUCAUGAAUCACAGCUGGACAGAGCGCAAGAAGAAGAAGAGCCAUCGCAAUGACGACGACAAAGUCGUCACCAGGUGCACACCUGUUCGUCGGAUUCAGACAUUUUUUCGCAGCAGAUUGCGAAAAAAUGCGCGGCAGAGGGCCCUGGACUCAACGCGUGGAAGGAAAAAUCGGAUUGGACCAAUUGGAUCGACCGAGGAGGUGAAUGUCGAGGAGAAGCUCGAGGAGAAGGUCGAGACGAUCGCUGCGGGUGUUCCUCAAGGGAUUGCAGGAGUUAAUCCUGGAAUUCCUGAUUGUAGUCUUGAGGUUCCUGUGAGACCUCUCAAGCUACCGCCACUUCAGUUACCCUCUGUCGAUGAUGUUAUAUGUGAGAACACUGUGUUCAGUAUGCCCGUCUCCAAGAGGAAUCAGAUGAGAAUCCGGAGGCCCAGCUUCCACAGGCGACCGAGAUUCAAAAUGAGUCCUCAUGUCACACAAUCAGCUCAAUUGUCACCCAUUCCAGAGUCAGAGUUCUCAAAACCUGCGUCACCAAGAUCACCACCGAAGCUCAAGCAUUUCGCAUUUCCGCCCACUUCCACUGACUGAUUUAUUUUAUUUCACAUUGUGUUCGCUGGGGGAGGGGAAAUUUAUUUUCUCCAACGAAUCCUCUAAUUCGAUUUUUUCUUUAUCGUCAGACGAAAUCGGUUACUGAUUCAUUUCACACUAGAUUAUUAUUAUACUAAUAAUAAUGAUAAUUGGUUAUUAUUAACGGGUAUUACUUAUUAGUAAUUACUAUUCAUUUUUUAAUAUGGGAGUACUUAUUUGUAAAUAAUUCAAUGAGUCGACUUUUCAAAUUUGAGAAGUAAUUUAUCUUGUUUAUUGCGGGGAAGGAAACAUGAUUAUAAUCAAAAUAAUUAUAAUAACGCCGAGGAAUGAUUUUUAUGGUUAUAAUUUUUUAAAAAUUGGAUUGAUGGUUUUUUUCUCGGACUGUGCUUUUUUGGAAUCGGUUCCAGUGAUAAUUAUUUUUACAAUUUCUUUUGAAAUAUUUAAGGUAAAAAUUGUCAUUAGUGUCUAUUGCGGUAUGUAGGAUCAAACGAACAGUAUUCUAAAGAGUAAUUCGAGUGCAAUAUUGAUUUAAUAAUUGUAAUUGAAUAUUUCAGUGGUGAAGUGGUAAGAAGAUAAUGGAUUAUUUCUGUGAAUAUUUCAAGAAGGAAAAUCAGAAUCUUUUUAUAGAGUUACAUAAUUAAUUAAACAUAUCUCUAUUUAUUCACUGAAUAAAAAUAAUCGAUGGGCUUUUUUUUUUGCUGAUACAUCUACCACUUCUCUGCGGAUUUAUUCUCCAUUUCUAUAAUAGCAGAUCACCUAGAGAGUAUUUUUGUAAUGAUAACAUUAAAUUCAAUAGCAGAAGUAAUGAUUAAGCGAAGGGGAUAGGAUCUAGAGAUAAAAAAUGGGAUUAAAGUAAUAAUCAAAAGCAUUUGUUCUAAUAAUUAAUUUUUCAUUUGUGAAAGUAAAUAAAUUAUCCGUCCCGCUCAAUGAAAAACCUCUAGAUAUUAUUUUUUACGACUGUAAUCGAUAAUUCGAAAUAAAGACCGGUGGGUUGGACAUUUCGUUUGAUUUUUUUUAAUUGUUUUUUGUUUAUGGGGAAUCACCUGGUGGCACCUGGCACGGGAUCCAAUCCCAGAAAACAAAUUCCCAUUUCCGUUGCGUGACAGAAAUCAUCGCGUGACUAUUUUCUCCUCGAGCUCUAACUCCCACUGGAUAAAAACCCAAUAAUUUUCAACUGCAUUGUCCCAUGAACAAAUAAUUAUUGCUAUAAUUUAUUGCAAAUCGUCAAGCUCAAAAAUUUAUCUUUACUUUCUAUGAAAGCCACUGACGCUAAUUUUAUAUUUGA